AUGGGUGAUCUGCCCAAAGAACGAGUAACACCUUCUUACCCAUUUAGUAAUGUUGGAACUGAUUUUUGUGGACCAUUCCACAUUAAAUUUAAAAAUCAGCGUAAGGGUAAACUAAACAAAGUUUAUGUGUGCAUAUUUGUAUGCUUAAGCACCAAAGCCAUCCAUUUAGAUUUUGUCUCUGAUCUUACUUCAGAUGCCUUUAUAGCUUGUUUGAAACGAUUUUUUAGUCGCAGGGGUAAAUGUGCAAAAUUAUUCAGUGACAAUGCAAAGAAUUAUGUGGGUGCAAGCAUUGAGCUCAGAAAAUUGCAUAAAUUGGUUAAACACCCAGAUGAAACACUGACUAAAUACCUGCUAAGUGAAAACAUUGAGUGGAGGUUUAUUCCUCCUAAAUCACCAAACUUCGGCGGCCUUUGGGAAGCCGGGGUGAAAUCUUUUAAGUUUCAUUUGAAACGAAUUAUUGGCAAUGCUCAUCUGUUUCUUGAAGAAUUUCUCACUGUGAUUCUAGAAAUUGAAAGCGUAUUAAAUUCCAGACCUCUUACUCCCUUAUCUUAUCAUCCGAGUUUGAUAAUUUUGAAACCUUGUCCCCCGGACAUUUUCUCAUAG